AACAUCCGGGGUCAAGCGAGGACUCAGGCUGGGGCGCGGAAGUCGCUUCUCCCAGGCGGGAGGAAAGGAUGGGGCCGGCCCGCAGCGAGUCGUCUUCUCCCGAUGUGCCCAGAGUACAUUAGCUUCGGCUGAAUCAUUGUUGCUGCUUUGUCUAGGAAUACCUGUACUAAGUCGCAAUAAUCUCCAGAGCAGGCAGAGGCUGGCUUUGGAGCCUAACAGGACUUUUCAUUGCCCAGAACACUGAAGAGCUGCAAGGUUGUAGUUGCUGACAUUUCCUGCUCACCACGAUGCCGUCCCGAACUAAUUUAGCUGCUUCGAUCCCAAGCAGCAAAGUGAAAUAUUCCAAACUUGCAUCUACAGAUGAAGGCUAUAUUGACCUGCAGUUCAAGAAGAGCCCGCCCAAGAUCCCAUACAAGGCCAUUGCGCUGGCUACGGUGCUGUUCCUCAUUGGCACCCUUCUCAUCGUCAUCGGUGCUCUCCUCCUUGCAGGAUAUAUCAGCCAAGGAGGAACUGACCGAGCAAUCCCCAUCUUAAUCAUUGGCAUCCUGGUAUUCCUUCCUGGCUUCUAUCAUCUGCGGAUUGCUUAUUUCGCUUCCAAAGGCUACCGGGGCUAUUCCUAUGACGACAUCCCUGAUUUUGAUGACUAGAAGGCUGACGUGGGAACUUUUGUCACAAAUCGUCUGCAGCGAGAAAAGAUCGAAAGCUUCUAGUCUAAUGAGAGUCCUGUUGUUGGACAGUGAAUCUUCACAGUUGUUGUCUAGGGACAAAAAAGAGGAUUUCUGCAGAAUCUUUCUUUUUCUCUCUUUGACUCCCCAGCAAGUGCUACCACAUCAUGUGAAGUAGAUCAUGUGAGCAAGUGUCAGGAGAAACAUUUCUCCUUUCAGAAGGGAAGUUCAUUUGAGGCAGCCUUGUGCAGCUCUGCCUCUCGCCCCACAGGAUUUGUCAAUCAAUCUGAGUGAGGAAACAAAACUCAGGUUUUUAAAUUUUCAGAGAUUUCUAAUGACUUGAUUCCCUCCCCCUUUUUUUGGGUCAUUUAGAGCAGAGCACGUGCAAAAGUCAAACAUGGAACAAGUGACUUAAUUCCACAAUAGCAACGUGUGUUGAAGGAUUUAGAAUAUUGAUCUACUGGGCAACUAGUUGAAAUUUAAGAAUGAAAGUGCUUUGCAAUACUGCCGACAACUAGGGGAAAAAAUCAAAACAAGUUUGCUGAUGGCUCUCUUCUGUGUUUUGAUAUACUUUUGUGGGUUCUCUCUAAUUCCUUGCUAAGCUUUCAUGCAAAGGGCAAAGCAUUGCAACUUUGCUGGUAUAAAAUUCUAAGAAAAUCUGGAAGACACUUGCCAAGUCUGUAGGGUGGCCUGGUUAGGAUCCACCAGAAGACAAAAUAAUGCAGUAUUUAUCCUACCCUAGGGAUUGGCUUAGGGCAGGUUUCAAAAGAAAUCAAAAUUCAGUAUCACACACACACAAAAACAGGAUAGAUGCUGAAACACCUUCAGAAAACUGAAUUUGAGGCCAAUAUGUUUGAGUGCAUUAGAGAGAAAGGUUAGGAAGGAAGAUCUUGUCAGGCCACCAUCUCUAUCAUUUUUUAAACAGCAAGAAGCAAUACUCUCCCUCUUAAAUGCUGCAACUGGCCACGUGGUCACUGUCCUUGCCCUUCAGGUUCCAGGCCAACUCAAAGCCCACUGACCUGAGCAGCAUCCUUUCAUCAAGCCAGCUGCAGUCUUUGCUGAUGUCUUGUUCCGGGGGGGGGGGGGAGUCUAUCUGCUCACCCCUGAACCACAGAUUUGCAGGUGCUGUGACAAAGUUUUCUCAGUACCUCUUUUCUGCCUGCGUGGGUCGCAGCUUCUGUCGGGGGAACCACAGUGAUGGAAAGGAAUCUUUUAUUGUUCAUUUCCUCUUCUGUCUAGGUGCUGUGCACUGCUCCUGAUUGUAUUCAACUAGCCAUCCGUCUGCACUACUAUUUAACAUCCUUUUGUUUAAACCUAUGUUUGUCUCUAGGCCAUUGGCUAGGCUUACAGCUUGUAGAGUGUGAAAGAGAGCACAAAAUUUGCAAGGCAUUUAAUAUGAAUAAAGACUGUGCUGAUAUUUUCCCUCAGUUUUAGCAUA